AUGAUGUUUUACGGAGUAUCAUCGUCUGUAUCGUCGUCUGUAUCGUUCGUAUCGUGGAUGAGAAGGACAGCAGCAGAGAACAACAACAACCACGGCAGAAGAAGAGCAACGACGACGGCGCAGAAGAAGAAUUUGAGGAGGGAAGUCGUGUCGUCGUGUGGUGGGAGUUCGCGGGGGUUGCGAGAAGAACGCAGGCGUCGAAGCGCCCACGCGAAAAGAAGAGAGAAGAAAAUAGAGGAGUUCUCCUCCUCGCCGCUGUGGGUCGCGAACGCCGGGUCGUCGGCGAACGCCGAGUCUGAGUUUUACGCCGCCCAAGAUGCUCGACACAAGGCGUUCCUCGUCGCCAACGAACUGAAAAAGAAGAAAAAAGUACCAAAAAUUGUAAAGAGAACGGUUUCCGCGUUGGUUUUAGGCGUUUUGGCGGCGUUUUUCCUCGGGUUCGGAGGGUGGUUCUGGGUCGCUUUGAUCGGUUUGUGCGCGUACGCGUCCGGGACGGAGUAUUUCGAGUUGAUGUCGAAAGUGAACGAGGAGCUGCCGCACCCGCCGCCGAGGUGGGCGGCAAAGUGGAUAACCGCGUGUUCGGUGUUUUUGUGCGUAAUCUUGCACGUCUCCGGGGGGAGAUCGCUACCAGUGACGAUGGCUAUGGUUGCCGCGUUUUCCUGCGCGGUUGCGGCGUUAAUUUCGAACGAAGAGUCGCACUUCAUUGAAUUCACGACGACGUUGUUUGGAUUAUUUUAUUGCGGGUUUUUGCCUUCGUUUUGGAUUAAACUGAGAGCGAUGUCUGGGAUUCCGUUGGCAAUCGAUCGAGCCGGGUCUAUCGUUUCCAGUUGGCCAUUGCAGAUAGGGGGACCGACAAGUUGGACUUUAGGCGUCUCCAUCACGUUGAUGACGGUGUUGUGCGUCGUCUCUGCGGACGUCGGGGCGUAUUUCAGCGGUAAAAAUUUUGGCAAAAAAUUCUUCGGGAAGAAGUUGACGACGAUUUCGCCGAAUAAAACCAUCGAAGGCGCCAUUGGUGGUGGGAUUUUUAGCAUCGCGUGUUCCGGAAUAUGCUGGUAUUUGUUGGGGAUUCCCGAAGAGUUGUGGAGAACGUUAAUUAUCGGAGGCUUUAUUUACGCGAGUUCAGUUUUCGGAGACUUGUUGCAAUCGGUGAUGAAGCGCAACGCCGGCGUAAAAGAUUCCGGAAAGUUUAUCCCCGGUCACGGCGGAUUUUUGGACAGAUUUGAUUCGUACAUGUUUACUGGCUCGGUGACGUAUUACUUGACGCUCGCUUUAAUAGUUGGAUUGAAUAUUCGCCCGAAGUAUUUCGGCGCGUAA